AUGUCUUCGAGAGGAGCUGCAUUUGUAUCACUUCUCCUCGUGACAUGUUUCUUCGCUGGAGAAUGCUCCAACGCGGGAGACAGGGAAAGGGAAGCAUACGUCACUCUGGUGACAACUCCGAAUUACAUAAUCGGAGCAGAGGUUCUUGCCAAGUGUCUGCGACAUGUGGGAGCAACGAGAUAUCUGGUAGCGCUUGUUGGACCCCUGCUGGACAUGAACGAUGAGCAGCGUCUCAAGGCAGCAGGGUUGAUAACAAGAAGGGUUGAGGAUAUACAAAUCUUCGAGAUUGUUGAAUUGCUGGACCGGCCAUACUUUAACACCACAUUUAACAAACUGCAUGUUUUUGGUCUGUUCGAUGAGUACGACAAGGUGGUUUUUCUUGAUGCUGAUGUGUUGGUGCUCAAGAACAUCGACGAGCUCUUCGACGUUGACAUCUCAACUGGUUAUCCCUUUGCUGCUGCUCCAGAGAUCAUGCCGCCAGACAGGUUCAACACUGGAGUUCUUGUCGUUGCUCCUUCCAAGGAGGGCUUGUUGAACGAGUUCUAUCCUCAUUGGUUCAGUCAGGAUAGCUCCCAUCGCCUUCCCUUCAUCUACAACACACUGCAGACUGUUGCGUCCUACUACAGCCCGGCAUGGGAGAUGCUGAAAGAAGAUAUAAAGGUCCUACACUUUGCAGGAGACGAUCUGAUGAAGCCAUGGUCGUUCGAGGGCUCCCUUCCUCCGUCCCUUGGCGUUUUCCUCUUCCUAUGGCAGAGCAUCGCGAGGCGAGUGUCGUUGUGGCAGGUUCGAGCUGAGAAUCUUCUGAGCAGAACUCCAGCUGGAGGGGACAUUGGCCUUCACUUCAAGGUGCUCAACGUGACAGAUCCAGAAGAAGUCAACGCGCUGUUUAGGAAUAGGAUUAUAUGA